GUAAAAUACUGGCUGCGUGGCAACCUGUAGCAAAAGCGAUGCGACAUGCUACUCUUAGAAGUGACUCUGCAAGCAGUAAGCUAUUGUAAAACCACAGUACUAGAAACAAAUGUUUCUGGGACUGAAUUCGAAUUCAGUAUCAAGAUCAGACCCUCUCACGGGGGCAACUGCAAAGCCAAAGGUUCGGACGAAGUUUUUCAGCCGUCGACUUUACGCCCUGACGUGUUUUGCUAAGUAACUGUUUGCAAUUACUUAAUCUUUCCAGCUAGUCCACCGGCUAAAAAAGAAAUCGUUCGGUUUUCUCGUACACGUUUUUGACGCACGACACAUAGUCCGCUUCGACGCAUACUGAAGAUUAUCGGUAGUUAUGCUGUAUAGAAACGCAAAAAAAAAAAUCAUCGGUCUUGCCUGUCGUUCAUGCUUCAUUGCACUGUCGGUUUUUUGAGCGACACAAAGCUGCGGCGCAGAACGCAAUCUUUCGGUCUGGUUAUCGUUUUAAGUACCGCGAAAAAGAAAACUUCGGUUGUGUAGUUGCAGCGUCGUUACAGAAGCAAUUCGGUGCUUCCUGGAAAGGAGCUUCGUUUAACUCUUUUUGGUUUCGUCACAUCGAAUAACUCUAAUGUCCUCGGUGUCGUUCUGUGCUCCUGGUACCGUCGCAGAAAAAAAAAUUAGCUCGUAAACAAACCUCCAACCAUGCUAACAAAACUAACACCCCAACAGCACAUAUUGAGACCCCAUUUUUGAAUUUUGAUGUUUCUUUUUCGACCACUUUGCGAUACUGAUUGACACUCUUUUUCUUCCCCGUUUUAAACUUUUUCCCCGAUGGGCCGUCGUGAUCGCGGAGAAGACGACCGGGCCACCACGGGUGCAGGCGGCGGUAGCACCCCUCGCGGCCGAGACAACCCGGCGGCGGGGCAAGGCGGACACUGUACCAUCUGCUCCGCCCUCAUCGACAAAAAUGAGGACCGGGCCACCAUCGAGAAGUCCACAAGGGUAGAAAUAUCAAUUUUUCUGAAGAAUUGCUGUAUGUUUUGAAGAUCUUCGUUUGUUUUUUGGUGCGGAUAAGUUUACAAUGGUGUGCUAGAUCCAUCAAAAAGGAAACGAGUUUGAUAAAGCAAGUAUAUAUCGGUUUGAACAAUAACUACAGGUGAUCUUGGGUUUACUGUCCCACUACAGUGAGACCCUGCUGGGGGUGAUCAAGCGAGGUCCCCAGCAUGACGAAGGCGACCGAAGAAUGAAGAAUUUUGGGAGUGACGAGGAAGAGGAGGAGGAGCAAACGUGCACCCCAAUGUUUAUUUGCAUGAUUGUCACGAUCGUCGUUCUCGUCGGUCUGGCGAUCGGCGGAUUUGCCUGGGCAAUGGUGCUGCAGAGGAAGGGUUGAUCGAAUGAAAGAAGAUGACGUGAUGAAACACAAACAGCAAUAACCCAAUGG